ACUUUAAAACGAGAGCUCUUGAACUUGACCGAGCUAUUGGUUUGUCAGCUUUCUUGCAGCGAAGACGAACUUUUACUCCCAUACGACAUUGUUGUGUACAGCAAUUGGAGUUCAUGAUUCGACGAAAGGCAAGCUUCCAGACGUUCAUAUUGGCUGUGAUACAAGCGAAUAGGUUGCCCAUGUUUUGGUUGAAUUUUGGCUCGCACGUCUCUCUCUCUCAUUUAGACUUGGUCAUGUUGGUGAAGACAGUGAAAGAUUUUUAAGCUUAUCUGUAAUUCUUAAUCCAUAUUGCUAAUUCAUCAGUGAUGAUUGUUUAAGAACAUUGGCAAAGCUAACAUACGACUUGUAAAUCAGAGUUUCGUCUGCAAAUAUUCGUUCCAGCCCAAAGUAAUACUGAAACUAUAGCAAAGAAGUUGAACUUUAGUUUUACGAUGAUCCAUUAUUCACGUUAGUUUCUACAACAACGAACCUUCUACAACGGUCUAAGAACAGAACAUAAUAGAACCAUGUCUUCAUCGGCGAAGAAGAUGAUCUCAAAGAUCAUCCCUAAGAGGAAAGCGAGAUCGAGGAACAUCUCGUCAACGGCAUCAUCAUCAGGUGACGAUGAUCGACCGAGGAAGAAAAAAAGUUCACUCAGAGCGAAGGUCCAGAACGUGAAACCUAAGCUGAAUCCUCCUUUCCGAAAGAAGAGAUCGAACAUCAAUGUGAGGAACUCCCAGGGUCUCACUCCACUUCAUCUAGCUGUGAUCAAUGGCAACGUAGAGGGCGUCAGAGAACUUCUCUCCAGAAGGGACAUCGACAUAAAUGCCGAAGAUCGUCGCCAUCGGACGCCCCUGAUCAUCGCUUGCGAGAACAACCAGACCGACAUCGCCCUCAAGCUCAUCAAGCACAAGGCGGAUCUGACAGUUUGGGACGAAAACUUCGACACUCCACUCCACAUUGCUCUGAGAAAGGGAAACAGAAUCGUCGCAGAUAGGAUGAUUGAUCGAGCUAAGGCUAAAGGACAUCUGAUAGAGUUGGUGACCGAGCCUAAUUGGAACUGGGUAGCCCCCAUUCACGAAGCUGCAAGAGUAGGCCAUACAGACCUCAUCAGGAAAUGUCUUGAUGAAGACAAACAUGAUGAGAUCGAGAAACACGACUUCGGAAGUGGGCCCCACGAUGACCGCGACUAUGUGCUCGACCUCCGCGGUGAGAACGAUGAUUCUCUUCUGCAUAUUGCUUCUUCGAACGGGCACAUCGAUCUAGUGGAGCUGCUGGUCCAAAGAGGUGCGAAAAUCGACAGUACAAAUUGGGAUCUUCGUACACCAUUGCAUCUAUCGUGCAUUGCCAAUCAAAGGGCCGCCGUGGAAUAUCUUGUAGAAAAGUAA